AUGAGCGACGUGCGCCAGGAGACUGAAGGGGACGCCGCGCCGGCAGCCGACGCACGGCGUUUCCGGCUUCCGCGCUGGAAUGCCGAAGAGAACACGGGCGAAAGCGCAAACCCCGAUCGCAACACGUCGAAUACGCAGGGCCAGGCGGCGCGCGCACGCGUCAAGCUCCAGAGCCUGAUGCGCUUGCGCAACGCCGGGAAGGAGCCCGAGGCGACGGCCGCGCCGCUGUCGGUCAUGGGAGAGAUGCAGCUGGGUCUCCUUCCUGUUGCAAUGCUUAAGCUGCACAUGGACCGCGACGAGCGCAAGAAUCCACGCAUUCCGGUACUCUUGCAGCAGAUCAGGGCCAAGAUCACCGACACGAUCCACCCGCCCCACUCGGGCCAUACGCUGUACAGGAUUGAGCUGGACUACUGUGCAGGGCUCAUGCAGUGGGUCAUCUACCGCGAGGCGCGCGAUUUUGUGUCGCUCCAUACCUAUUUCCGGACGCAGUCCGUCAAGGGCACCCUCGGCAGGACGGCGACGUUCAGGGGAGGCAGCGACAAUGACGCAGGCCUCCCCUCCUUUCCCAAGUCGGUCUUUUCGGGGAUGCUGCCCCUGCAGCGUGGGCUGCGGCAAGAUGGCGAAAGCAACGAGCGCGGCGCGGCCAGCGAGCGCGAGACGCGCGAAACGCUCGAGGCCUACCUGGCACGGCUCAUGCAGAGCGUGCAGUUCAAGCCACAGGUGAACCGCCUGUGCCGUUUCCUGGAACUGAGCACAAUGGCCGUGCAGAUGGCCAACAUGCAAGGCGAGCUCGGCAAGCAGGGCUACCUGCAGAUCAAGUCGAAGAGCUCACGCAAGGAAUCGCUGAGCCUCAAGCGCCUCGGCGAGCAGUACCGCGUGCCCAAAUGGUUUAUUGUGCGCGAGAGCUACAUUGUGAUCGUCGAGCACCAGCACAGCAUGCAGGUCCACGACGUGUUCAUCAUGGACCAAGAGUUCCAGGUGACGCAAGGGCGCCACUUUCACCGCCACGUCCUCGAGUACGGGCCCUCGGACGAGAAGCAGGGGCCGCCGCAGGGCGGCGACGAAACGCCGGAACGCACGGGUGCGACGGUGCAUCACUACGUCAAGCGCCACACCUUCCAGCUGCGCAAUGCCGAGCGCAAGCUCAAGCUUGUCGCACAGAGUGAGCGCGAGAUGGAGCAGUUUAUCAUGUCCAUCAAGUGGGCCGCAGGGCGCAACCAGUUUGGGCAGCCGAACCGCUUCGGCAGCUUUGCACCGAUCCGCCGCAAGGUCUGCGCACAGUGGCUCGUCGACGGGCGCGACUACUUUUGGGAAGUAUCGGAAGCCAUCAGUAAUGCGCGCGAGCGUAUCUAUAUUCACGACUGGUGGCUCUCGCCGGAAGUCUACCUGCGCCGCCCGGGCACGAAAGAAUGGCGCCUCGACCGCCUGCUGCAGCGCAAGGCAGAAGAGGGUGUGCAUAUCUAUGUCAUCCUCUACAACGAGGUCUCGAACCAAUUCACACCCACCGACUCGAGCUACUCCAAGCAGCGGCUCAUGGCGCUCCACCCCAACAUCUUUGUCCAGCGCUCCCCGUCGCACUUCCAGACCGGUACGCUGUACUGGGCGCACCACGAGAAGCUGUGCGUCGUAGACGAGAUGGUCGCGUUCAUGGGCGGAUUCGACCUGUGCUUUGGACGCUGGGACACGUCGUCACACGCACUGAUCGACGACCCGGUUGUCGACACAACGUUGGACCCUACCUUUAUUGGGCCGGUGCACGACGAGCACGAGGCACAAGUGUGGCCUGGCCAGGACUAUGCCAACGAGCGCGUCGCGGAAUGGCACACGCUGCACAAGCCGGACCUCGAUAUCAUCCCGCGCGACCGCACGCCGCGCAUGCCGUGGCACGACGUCGGGGUCCAAAUGUUUGGGCAACCCGCGCGCGAUCUCUGCCGCCACUUUUGCCAGCGCUGGAAUAUGCUGCUGCGCAUCAAGAAGCACACCCGCAAGAUGCCGUUCCUUAUGCCGCCGCCCGAUUUUACCCCCGCGGAAAUUGAGCGGUACGGCGUCCAAGGGACGUGCGAGGUGCAGAUCUGCCGCUCGGCGGGGCCGUGGAGCCUCAACACGCCCAAGACAGUGGAGCACUCGAUCCAGAAUGCGUACCUCAAGACGAUUCAGAUGAGCGAGCACUUUAUCUACAUCGAGAACCAGUUCUUUGUCACGUCCACGGCGAUGGACGGCGUCCAGAUCGAGAAUAAAAUUGGUCUCGCAUUGGUCGAGCGCAUCGUCCGCGCACACCGCGAAGGCACGCCGUGGCGGGCGAUGAUUGUCAUUCCGCUCACGCCAGGCUUCCCGAUGGAGUACGACCACCCCGAGAGUGGGUCGGUGCGUAUCAUCCAAAUGCUGCAGUACCUCUCGAUUUCGCGUGGGCCCAACAGCAUCUUUAGUCGCUUGCUGCGUGCCGGCGUCGAUCCGCACGACUAUAUCCACUUUUUCUCGCUGCGUGGUUGGGGCCAGCUGCGCAACGGCCAGUUGUGCACCGAGCAGGUGUACAUCCACGGCAAGAUGAUGAUUGCGGACGACCGCACCGUGAUCAUGGGCAGCGCCAACAUCAACGAGCGCAGCCAGCGCGGCGAUCGCGACUCGGAGCUGGCGUGCGUCGUGCGCGACGAGGACAUGAUCGACUCGACGAUGGCUGGCGAGCCUUACAAGGUCGGCCGGUUUGCCCACACGCUGCGUGUGCGCAUGAUGCGCGAGCACGUCGGCGUGGAUGUCGACCAUGCCGAGUUGAAUGCGCUGCAGCGCGACGAAGGACCCCCGCGGACACCACGCGUGUUCGCCGCCGACGAGCAGGCGCCGAGUGCGCGGUCACGGCGAGGCGCACGGGGCGCGUUCCAGCCGCCGUUCCCUGCGCCCGAGAUCCCCCAGGAUGCUUUUGAAGACCCCCUUUCGCACGAAUUUUACAACAAUAUAUGGCUCGCGGCAGCCGAUUACAACACGGCCGUUUUCCGGCGCAUUUUCCAAUGCAUGCCCGACGACGAGAUCAAGACGUGGGCGGCGUACAAGCACGCGACCGCAUGGAGCUCGCGCCUCGUGCGCUCGCAGUGGCAGCGCCCCCGCAACGGCGAGUCGGUCGACGAGGCGCAGUGGGCGGGCGCCUCCGAGGGCCCCGACAGCGAUGCCUUUACUGCGCGCGAGGUGGACCAAAUGAUUGCGUUGCUGCACACGUGCUGUGGCCAUCUCGUGCAUCAUUCAUUGCAGUUCCUGGAGCAGGAGGCUGCUGCGAGCAACUUCCUUUUCCCUAUGGACCAGAUCAACCCGCUCGUGGUCUUUGACUAA